UGGCUAGACAGUCCACAACAGUAAUGUUGCUGUGUUUCAUCACUACCAGCGAGUGACAGCACAGCAGGCAGCAAGCAGCACAGCAGAGGGAUGGAGCACUGAAACACGUCUGCAUCAGCGAGGGCCUGAUAAUGGCCGGCCGAGGAUGCUAGCAUUACCAUGGGCAGCGUUACUUUGCGCUACUUUUGCUAUGGUUGCCUCUUCACCUCCGUGACCUGGUCGAUUCUUCUCUUCCUUUACUUCAACCUCAGCCUGGAAAGCCGCUUGUCCUUCAGAAAUGUGCCCGUCCAGAGGCAGCAUCGCUUCCAGCCCCGUUUUACCCGAGGCCCGGCGCUCCAGCACAUAGACGGAGGGCAAGUUCAUAGAGAGCAUGCAGCGGAAGCGGCCAAACCAGACUUCUCUCCAGAGCUGGGGAUGAUUUUUAACAAGCAGGACCAAGAAGUGCGAGACAUGGGCUAUCACAAACACGCUUUCAACGUGCUCAUCAGUAACCGCCUCGGCUACCACAGAGACGUGCCCGACACCAGGAACGACAAGUGUAGAGACAGGAUUUAUCCCAUGACCUUGCCCACGGCCAGCAUAGUGAUAUGUUUCUUCAAUGAGGCUUUCUCUGCCCUCCUGAGGACCGUUCACAGCGUGCUGGAUCGCACACCAAACUACCUGCUCCACGAGAUUAUACUAGUGGACGAUUACAGUGAACUGGAUAAUCUGAAGGAAGAUCUGGACAUUUACAUUCAACAGCACCUGCAGAAGAACGUAAAGCUGGUUCGUAAUGAGAGGAGAGAGGGGCUGAUCCGUGGGAGAAUGAUCGGAGCGUCUCACGCUACAGGUGAGGUGUUGGUGUUUUUGGACAGUCACUGUGAGGUGAAUGAGGCCUGGCUACAGCCGCUGCUCUCGCCUAUCAAGGAGAACAGAAAAAGCGUGGUGUGUCCCGUCAUCGACAUCAUCAGCGCAGACACGCUGGUCUACAGCCCUUCUCCUAUCGUGCGGGGGGGAUUUAACUGGGGCUUGCACUUUAAAUGGGACCCAGUGCCCAUGUCUGAACUCAACAGUCCUGAUGGAGUUAUCAGGUCUCCCACGAUGGCAGGUGGGCUGUUCGCCAUGGACAGGAAUUACUUUCAUGAACUCGGUCAGUAUGAUCGUGGCAUGGACAUCUGGGGAGGAGAGAACUUGGAAAUCUCUUUCCGGAUCUGGAUGUGUGGGGGACAGUUGCUGAUCGUUCCCUGCUCCAGAGUGGGACAUAUCUUCCGCAAGCGCCGGCCCUACGGCUCACCUGGCGGCCAAGAUACAAUGGCCCACAAUUCCCUGCGCCUGGCCCAUGUCUGGAUGGAUGAGUACAAGGAGCAGUACUUUGCCUUGCGUCCUGAACUGAGGAACCGUGACUACGGAGACAUCAGCGAGCGGGUCGCCAUUCGGAAGCGAUUGCAGUGUCACUCUUUCAAAUGGUAUCUGGACAAUAUUUAUCCUGAGAUGCAGGUUUCCUCCCCACACAAGCCCCAGCAGCCCGUCUUCAUUAACAAGGGUUUGAAGAGACCCAAAGUCCUGCAGCGGGGUCGGCUGCGUAAUCUGCUGGCUAAUAAAUGUCUGGUGGCACAGGGGCGUCCGAGUCAGAAGGGCGGUGCUGUUGUGCUGAGAGACUGUGAUCCACAGGACCGAGAGCAGGAGUGGGCCUAUGAUGAGGAGCAUGAGUUGAUUUUAGCUGGCCUGUUGUGUUUGGACAUGUCUGAGAUCCGUUCCUCUGACCCACCACGACUCAUGAAGUGUCACGGAUCGGGUGGAUCUCAGCAGUGGACACUGGGGAAAAAUAACUGGCUCUACCAGGUGUCAGUAGGUCAGUGUUUGGCUGUUGUGGACCCCCUCAGCAUCAAAGGAUAUGUUGCUAUGGCAAUCUGUGAUGAUACCCAGUCCCAGCAGUGGCAGCUGGAGAGUUGAGGAUGCUGUUAGUGUGAUAUACAGCUCCUCUGGCUGGGGAAAGAACAGUGUUGCAGGACCCUCACCAAUCUUGAUCACAGUAGGAAUGACGAGAUCAGUUGUGCUAUCCGAAAGUUUCUUCCUUGGUAUGAACUGUCACGAUCCUUUAUUCUUUAUUCCGAAACAUCUAUUUUUAGAGCAUUUUAAAAAUGUGUGUUUAUAGUAUAUUUGUAAGUUUGAAUCAUUUUAAUUUUCUCUUUGAAAUGUAACCGAUUUGCACAGAGAAACUAUUUUUAUCGUAUUACAGUUGUAAGGUGUGAAUUAAUAAAUUAAAAUGUCUCGUAGUGUGCUAGAUUUAACCUUAAAUCUUUACUGAUUACUUGCGCAUUUUCUGGUAUUAUACCUGUGCGUGUUUGUUCAGGUGAGUUUUUAAAUGCCGUUUUCUUUGGUCACCGAAUUUACCUUGAAAUGAUUUACCUUUAUUUCCAAUAUAGACAAAGUUGAUGUUCAGUAAAAUAUACACUCUAAAAAUAGAUGAACCCAGCCGUUGGGUCGUAAAUUAACCUGUGCUGGGUUAUUGUUGGUUCAUGGAACCAUUUUCUUGGUUAAUUUAACCCAACAGUUGUUCACAGAAUGAAUCAGUAUUUCUCUAUUAUUUACUAGUUCAGUUAUUAUUGUAAUAUAUAAGCAGCUGAUCAAGAAACAUUUCAGGUUUUUUAUAUCAAAUAAACAAGCAAGCAGUGCCAUUAGCACAUAAAAAGUAAGAAAAUAGCACUGUUGAAAGUACAGUGUGUAAAAUGAAUGAAAUGCUUAAUAUCUUCUCUUAAAAACAUUCAAAUUUGACUUGAAAAUAUUUGUAUUUUUUAUGAAAUUGCACUUAUUGACUCAACAUACCAAAUAAAAGUGAAUUGUACCUUUUGGACUAUUUAAGUGGAUGACAUAAAAUAAAGACAUCAUGUGCCUAAAAAUACUGUUUGAGUAGCU